GCUGCAUGGCGCUGAGAUGGCGGGGGCGCCGCGCGGCCGAGGCGGAGGCGGCGCGGGCGAGCCUGGGGGCGCCGAGCGGGCUGCCGAGCCAGGCGGCUGGCGCGGGCUGCGGGCGUGCAACGAGGACUUCGCGUGCCCCGAGCUGGAGGCGCUGUUCCGCGGCUACACGCUGCGGUUGGAGCAGGCGGCCACGCUGAAGGCGCUGGCCGUGCUCAGCCUGCUGGCGGGCACGCUGGCGCUGGCCGAGUUGCUGGGCGCUUCGGGGCCCGCGCCCAGCCUGGCGAAGGGCUCACACCCGGUGCACUGCGUGCUCUUCCUGGCGCUGCUGGUCGUCACCAACGUCCGCUCGCUGCAGGUGCCGCAGCUGCAGCAUCUCGGCCAGCUCGCGCUACUCUUCUGCCUCACCUUCGCGCUGCUCUGCUGCCCCUUCGCGCUCGGCGGCCCCGCCGGGUUCCACGCCGGGGUAGCUGCGGGGUCUGCGACGGCCGACCAGGGCGUUUGGCAGCUCCUCCUGGUCACCUUCGUGUCCUACGCCCUGCUGCCCGUGCGCAGCCUGCUGGCCAUCGGCUUCGGGCUCGUGGUGGCCGCCUCGCACUUGCUGGUCACGGCCACCUUGGUCCCUGCCAAGCGCCCACGUCUCUGGAGGACGCUCAGCACCAACGCCCUGCUCUUCGUGGGUGUGAACAUGUACGGGGUCUUCGUGAGGGUCCUGGCCGAGCGCUCCCAGCGGAGGGCCUUCCUGCUGGCCCGGAACUGCAUCGAGGACCGGCUGAAGCUGGAGGAUGAGAAUGAGAAGCAGGAGCGGCUGCUCAUGAGCCUCCUGCCCCGGAACGUUGCCAUGGAAAUGAAGGAGGACUUCCUGAAGCCCCCUGAGAGGAUUUUCCACAAGAUUUACAUCCAGCGGCACGACAAUGUGAGCAUCCUCUUUGCGGACAUCGUGGGCUUCACGGGCUUGGCAUCCCAGUGCACUGCCCAGGAGCUGGUGAAGCUGCUGAAUGAGCUCUUCGGCAAGUUUGAUGAGCUGGCCACGGAGAACCACUGCCGCCGCAUCAAGAUCCUGGGGGAUUGCUACUACUGCGUGUCGGGCCUCACCCAGCCCAAGACUGACCACGCCCACUGCUGCGUGGAGAUGGGCCUGGACAUGAUUGACACCAUGACGUCUGUGGCUGAGGCCACCGCGGUGGCCCUGAACAUGCGUGUGGGGUUGCACACCGGCCGGGUCCUGUGCGGUGUUCUGGGCCUGCGCAAGUGGCAGUACGAUGUGUGGUCCAACGACGUGACGCUGGCAAACGUCAUGGAGGCCGCUGGCCUGCCUGGGAAGGUCCACAUCACGAAGGCGACGCUGGAGUGCUUGAAUGGUGACUACGAGGUGGAGCCAGGCCACGGGCAGGAGAGAAACAGUUUUCUGCGAACUCACAACAUCGAGACCUUUUUCAUUGUGCCCUCGCACCGGCGAAAGGUGUUCCCGGGGCUGAUCCUGUCAGACAUAAAGCCCGCGAAGAGGCUGAGGUUCCGGACCGUGUGCUACCUGCUGGUGCAGCUCAUGCACUGCCGGAAGAUGUUCAAGGCGGAGAUUCCCUUCUCCAAUGUCAUGACCUGCGAGGACGAUGACAAGCGCAGGGCGUUGAGAACAGCUUCGGAGAAACUCAGAAACCGCUCGUCUUUCUCCGCAAAUGUCGUCUACGCCACCCCAGGCACUCGCGUCAACAGGUACAUCGGCCGCCUCCUAGAGGCCCGCCAGACCGACCUGGAGAUGGCGGACUUGAACUUCUUCACCCUGAAGUACAAGCAGGCUGAGCGGGAGCGAAAGUACCACCAGCUGCAGGACGAGUACUUCACCAGCGCCGUCGUGCUCGCCCUCCUCCUGGCCGCCUUAUUUGGCCUCAUCUAUCUGCUGAUAAUCCCGCAGAGUGUGGUCGUCCUGCUCCUGCUGGUAUUCUGCAUCUGCUUCCUAGUGGCCUGUGUCCUGUAUCUGCACAUUGCUCGGGUCCAGUGUUUCCCAGGGUGCCUGACAAUCCAGAUUCGCACGGUCUUGUGUAUUUUCAUAGCAGUCUUGAUCUACUCUGUGGCCCAAGGAUGUGUGGUGGGCUGCCUGCCCUGGGCCUGGAGCUCCAGUCCCAAUGGAUCCCUGGUGGUCCUGUCUUCUGGAGCCCAGGACCCAGUGCUGCCGGCCCCCCCCUGUGAGUCUGCACCCCACGCCCUGCUCUGCUGCCUUGUGGGCACCCUCCCGCUCUCCAUCUUCCUGCGGGUGUCCUCCUUGCCCAAAAUGAUUCUGCUGUCCGUGCUCACGGCGUCCUACAUCCUGGUCCUGGAGCUCAGCGGGUACACCAAGGCUGUGGGGGGCGGCUCCGUCUCCGGGCGCAGCUUCGAGCCGAUCGUGGCCAUCCUGCUGUUCGCGUGCACGCUGGCCCUGCACGCCCGGCAGGUGGACAUCAGACUGCGGCUGGACUACCUCUGGGCUGCGCAGACGGGGUGCCCUUGUAUGGGCUUUGCACGUGGGACACAGCUGCUGCUGGCUCAUCCCCUCCCCUUGAGGGACUCAGACCCAUCACAGCCCCGUGAAGCACCCCCAGGGUUCUGGGAAGAGCCACGAGGACCAUGGGAGGAUGAAGAGCUGCUGUUGAGGGGACAAGACAAAUGGCAGCAGGAAGGGUCUUCGAAGAGACCCCAGGCAGAGGAGGAGCGAGACGACAUGGAAAAAGUGAAGCUGGACAACAGAAGGAUUCUCUUCAACCUCCUGCCGGCUCACGUCGCCCAGCACUUCCUCAUGUCCAACCCCCGGAACAUGGACCUCUACUACCAGUCGUACUCGCAGGUGGGCGUCAUGUUCGCCUCCAUCCCCAACUUCAAUGACUUCUACAUCGAGCUGGAUGGCAACAACAUGGGGGUGGAGUGCCUGCGUCUCCUCAACGAGAUCAUCGCCGACUUCGACGAGCUCAUGGAGAAAGACUUUUACAAGGACCUGGAGAAGAUCAAGACCAUAGGCAGCACCUACAUGGCCGCGGUGGGGCUGGCGCCCACAGCCGGGGCCACGGCUAAGAAGUGCAUCUCCUCCCACCUCAGCACGCUGGCGGAUUUUGCCAUCGAGAUGUUCGACGUCCUGGAUGAGAUCAACUACCAGUCUUACAAUGACUUUGUGCUCCGUGUGGGAAUCAACGUUGGGCCUGUGGUGGCCGGGGUGAUCGGGGCUCGCCGGCCGCAGUACGACAUCUGGGGAAACACGGUCAAUGUGGCCAGUCGGAUGGACAGCACCGGGGUCCCAGGCAGAAUCCAGGUGACAGAGGAGGUCCACCGGCUGCUGAGGCAGGGUGCGUACCACUUCCUGUGCCGAGGCAAGGUCAGCGUCAAGGGCAAGGGUGAGAUGCUGACAUACUUCUUGGAAGGCAGGACUGAUGGAAACAGUUCUCAAAGCAGGUCCCUGAACUCGGAGCGGAAAAUGUGUCCUUAUGGGAGAGCUGGCCUCCAGACCAGACUGGCUGCAGGCCGUCCCCCGCUGCGCCCCAUGGCUAGCCUCCCAGUCGGAGCUGGGCUGGGGGCUCCGCAGGGCUCGGGGCUCACCCCCCGGCCCCCUGGCCCGCACCUGGCCCUUGGAGCAGCUGGGAAGGAGGCUUAGUGGAGUUCAUGCUGGCCGCUGGGGGCACAGAGCAGAAUUCUCGGGGCUCGGUCACCGCAGCAGGACCAGCCCGGCCAGCACAGAAGGGCUGGGGAAGGGGUGCUGUCCAGGCAGGACCUGAAGCAGCUGGGCAGUGACUCGGGGAGGGGGAGCCCUGUCUGCACGGACACGAGGCUUUUCACACCACCCUGCCCUCAGUGGCUGAGGGAGCUGGCUGCCCAGGUGGCCAGGUCAGCCUAGGAGGUCGGGACCUUCAGAACUCCCACCAGGGCUGGCUGGCUGGUCUCGUGCGAGCCCUGAGACGGAGCCUAGUCAGCCCAGUGUGGCAGGUCCCACAUGGGCAGCUCCAGUCCUGGGUGGCAGCCAGCUGGAGCCCGGAGUGGGAGUCAGCCCUCUCUCAGCAGGGCCAUGAGGGCUGGGACCAGGCCCACAGCUAGCUGGGCCUUGGAUGGUUUGGGGACAACUGAGCUGCCCCAGCCCCACCGCGUGGAUGGUGGAGGCUGCGGACUUUUCUCCAAAGCCGCUUUUUGCUAAGAGCCAGAGGCAGGUCUUCUGGAAUUUUUGGGGCCCUGCAGCCAUAUCUCUGCAUUGUGACCAGCACCUCCGGUCGGCCCCGCCUAAUGGUGUCGGCUCCCAGAGCUCCCAGCGCCCCUACUCUGCCGUCACUGGCCGGUCAGUCAGUGUAGUUCUUACUUCUGUGUGGCAUCUUGGGCUCCUACACGUUGAAGGACAGUGCAAGGCUUGGUUGGUUUUGACAACGUGACCCUCACAGCCGUGAAAAACUUCCUUGACGGAGGUGUGUCUGGCAGAAGCGGCCGGGGACGUGGUGUUUGGAAUUCGUUUCUGGCUGUAAAUCUGUGUCCCUGCUCCAGUCCGCAGGGACCAUGACUGCAGGCAGUUCUGUGGAAGUCUGGGACCCCCCCCCCACCCCCUCCUGGGUGUCUCUACCGUCGCAUGGAGGUGGAGAAAGAGGACUGUUGUUUGUGCUGCUGGGGACGGGUCUGGGAGGGACAGUGGGAAGGGAUGUGUGUGGACACCUCAGCUCAGCGCAGGGAGGAGGGUGGCGGGAUCUGGGGGCAAGUCAGCCGUGGAUGGCCGUCCACAGACGCACGGCUCCAGGAGGGCUCUGGGCUGCAGCUGAGACCCACUCGGUCGAAGGAGCCUGGGGAGCCCUCGUGCACGGCAGGAACAGGCUCCCUCUGGACUGAGCCCCGUGGGAUGGCUGGUGCUGUCCCUGGAAUUCCCAGCGAGGGCGUGAGAUGUGGCCUCCUACUUGGGGAGGGCUCACCCCCACCAAGCCGUGUCGCCGUGGGGGGGCAGCGGGUAAAGGCCUUUCCUCCCUGAGCUUUGUGGUGCCCCCCGCUGAGGACCUGCUCUGGCCGUUGCUCUGUGGAGAAGUACAAGGCGGCUGAAUUCCAGCCCUCUCCUCCCCACCCGCAGACACAGUGUGACUCCUUCAGGGGAAGCAGAGAGAGUGUGGCCUUUCUGCCCGCUCAUCCCAGCCCAGCUCGCACCACCAGCAGGGCGGUGCAGGGGGGUAGGAAGUACAGGGCCUGAGCUGUGCGUGUGCUGUCACAUGACAAAGGGCGCUUUGCAGAGGGGGUCACGAGCACGGCCGCAAGCUGGGGAGAGGACCCUGCUAUCCGGGGGGCUCAGCAUGACCAAGUGUCCCCUUAGAAGUGGAGGAAGGAGGCAGGGUGGUCAGGAUGAUCCAAAGAUGAGGGGCUGCUGCCGGUAGAAGGUGAGGGUGUCCCGGCCGUUACCCCACAGUCACAGGCGCUGAGCUCAGCAUCAGCCCCAGUGAGUGGAGGCAGGGGGACCCGGGUGACAGCCCAGCCGACAACACCAGGCGUCACCUUGCAGGGCUGGACCUCAGGUCCACAGAGCCGCUGUGCGAAGCCUGGAAACAUGCCACCCUGUGGCGUGCAGCCGCCAGGGGCCCUCCCACGCCGAUGCCACAGCGCCAGCCAGCCUCAGCAGGUCCAACCCUCCUGCUUCCUGGGGCGCGGGCCGUGAGCCGGCGGUCCUGGGGUUUGGUGCGAAGCACUUCCUUUUUAUUUGUGGUAAGAUUUUGUUGUGUUGCCUUAUUUAUUUUUCAUCUUGUACGAUAUUCACGUCCCGACGUCGGAGCCUUUGAGCAGGAUACUCUAAGUGAUUGACUAGAAAGCUCUGUAAAUACCACACCAGUCCUACGACAAUGAAGAAAGUGGACCCUGUGCGACAGGUGCACUUCAGCCCGAUACGCGUGCUCCUCACGCGUCGCGCCCUGCGGGGCGACACCCGCCCUUGGCAGUGACCCAUGUAUCCUGCAUGACCCUUGUGUGCCUGUGCCCAACCUCAGUAGCGUAGAAUAGCCCGAAAUCUACAGACCCCUGGCCCUGGCCGGUUCUCUCCACGGUGCUGGAGUCCUGCAGGGAGACACCCCCACACAGCCAGCUCACGGAGCCUGCUGUGUUCAUCAGGCUCAAAAGCCACCAGGGCUUCCGGACACCUGGUGUCCCUAGAAGCAAUAAGUAACUUUAUCUAAACUGUAGAGACAAGUCUGGUCCAAGGCUGGCUCAGAGACGGGUCACGGGACGAGUCUGCCUGAAUGGGUGGCACUGUGGGGCUGCCCCCCCCGGCCCCCAGCCCUUCCUGCAGACGCAGCUCGGGCAGCUCACUCUGGGAGCUCGCUGUCAGCGCCCUGGGCUCGGGAAGCAGAGGGCCUGCCUUAGCGCUUGCCAGGUUGCCCUCAGGUGAGGAAGGAGGGAGGCGGGCAUCCCAGCUCUGUGCACAUCUGUGACUUGUCCCCAUGUCUCAGGUCGUCCAAGGGCAUGGCAUGUGCAUGUGCUGUGCCCCUGGCCGGCGCCCGUCUCCUGGUACACAGGCUGCUGCCGGGCUCUGGGCACGGGUGGGAUCCCACCAGUCUUCAGACACCACAUGUGGGCACCAGGUAGGCCGUCGUCCCAGUGGCCCUGGAAGCAGCGCUGAGCCCUGCUUUUACUCCCACUCCAGAAGGAAGGGCUGGGGUACCACUCAGCCCUGUCUUUAGGUUUUCUGCCAGGCAGGGGACCUGUCUCCGUUCCAGCGUGCAGCCUUCUUCUGCACAGCAUGUCCCAGGGUCCCGAGUUGGGUCCUGCAGUGUCUGCCGCGUGGCAGUCCCUCCCAGAACACAGGCACUCAGCCUGUACGGCCAGCGCUGACUGUGCACGCAGGUGCCCGUCACGGGUGCAGGUCACCGAGCAGCCCUGGGAUGGGGCGGCUGAGCUGCUCUUGCUACUUUUGGUCCUGACACCGUGUGGACCUGUAGGCUCUCCAAGCAGUGACGCCCUGGACCUACCCCCCUUUAAUGGCUUCAAUUAAAAAAAAAAACAGAACUGAAAAACCAGAAAACAUCAGCCUUCUGAGAGGCUGUUGGCUUUAAAAUAUUGCUUUGGUGCAGCAAUGAGAAACGAGUGGUGCGGGUGGGAGGUCGGGCCACGCACGUCCCUCGCCCACUGUGGAUGUUCCUGCUGAGAGCCUGAGCCGGCCGGCCCUGGUUCCCGUUUAAAAUCUGGGCUCCACAGCAAGUGACGAUGACUGAAGGUUCCUGCUACGGUAGCUGGGACCUCAGCUGGGCUGGGUUUAGAUCAGAGUCAGGACCUGCUGGGGGCUGCGGGGCGAGGCCCGUGUCUGUCAGGUGGCCAUCGUGGUGACUCAGGCCUCCGUGAGUCGGGGACAGCAAGGAGGUACAUGUCCCCCAAGGACGCCGACACCACCGUCCCUGGGCUCACGCAACACAGGCUGAGGAGAGGCUGUGGCCUGGGGUGCACGGCUGGCAAAGAGGGCAGUGGGGGGGGCCUAGGUCAGUGCGAUCUCCAUGGGCCCGGCUCCCCACCACACCCACCAAGUUGCACCUGAGUCGGGUGGGCUCGGGCCAGUGUCCUUGGCUGCAGGGGUCCCAGCCCAGGCCUGAGGCUGAGGGGCUUGAGGUCUGCCUGCCUGGAGGGCAGGGUGUGCACAGGACGGCAGGCAGGUCCUCACCUGGACCUCACGCUGGGGCUCGUCCUCGAGGCUGAGCCUGUCUGUCCUUCAACAGCUGAUCUUGCAGGAUGUAAAAUGUUUGGCCUGGAAAGUCCCUACUGAGUCCGGUCACACCUUCUGUCGUGACCCAUAUCCCGUGGCAGAACCUGUCACUGUCUAAGAAAACAGGCUCUCCUUUGGCGAUGUGGUGUCCCCAUCUUUCUGUGAAGCCCCUCUGACAUCAGACACGGGAGAAUGGGGUCCCCCAAACCGUACAUGUUUCUCCACUUACCUGGACCCAACCCAUCUCCCGGCUCCUGGUCAGAGCCACCCUCCGUCACUGUCAUUGUCACCCUGCUGGCCUGGUGUAGGCUGUCAGUGUUCUUCCCUGGGGCUUGGAGGGCGGCCGAGAGCGGGUUCACUGGGGAUUACGACGAGUGGUGGGAAAUUGGGUGCCCCGGCCCUCCCCGGGCCCUGAGUCUCCAGAACCGGCAGCUCAAACUUCAGGUGGGUCGGUUUCCAAAACGCUCACUUACUGAGAACUGAUGUUUAAGUGGAGGGCAUCCUAGAGUCACCCCCGGGAGAUCUGUCCAACCUCUUGGGCUUGUGAGCCACGUACAGGCAGUCGGCAGGACAGCCAUUCGUAGCCGUGUCCAGGCUUUCGCUCCCGUGUGUGCAGUGGGCACUUGGCACACGGACAGCCAGAACUUGUUACUUGCCUCCCACCAGCAACCCCCAUGCAGCCUUGGGCCUCGGGCCCCGGGCAUGAAGCACACGUCUCGGGACCGUCCCCUUGUCCUGGGAACCCCGAGGAACCCCGCCACCUCUGCACACACGGGGAGAGCCACACUCCCAGCAGGCGUCCUGCAAAGCUGAGCGGUUUGGCCCCCGUCCCUGUAAAAACUGCGACACAUAAGCCAUUCACUCUCAGAGUCGCAUGCCAUGAAGACCCUAAUUGUGUGAAAUUUAGUUUGAAGACAUGCAGCAUGCACAGCCGAAGGACAGGUGGCCUCAGGCCAUCUGCUGGCUGGCCGCAGAGCGUCCCCGGCAUGGUGGGUCCUGCAGCCUGAGCCCGAGCAACUCCUGCACACACCUGCCAGCCCCGUCUGUCACUGACACUGAUUGUGCACCACCUUGCACAAGCAAACACAGCGGAAUGUAGCCUCUUAGCAGCAGAUCCCAUUCUCAUUUAGGUAAACCCAUGUCCACUCGUGGACUGUCCGUCCUCGAUAAGAAAGGUGUGUGGCGGCCUCAGCCCUCUGUGUCGGCUGGUAGGGCUGUCCCUCCACGGGGUACAGUGGGUGGCACAUGGGACACGUCUCCCACUGGGAGAGUUCCCUGAGCAUGCUUUAGAUGCGAACGCAAGAUGACGAUCGGAAUGACAACUCAAUUUCACCGGUAACUUCUCAUGAUAGAUUUGUAUGAUCAAUACGGGUCUAUUUUUAUGUCAACUGGACACUGUAGAGUACCUUCCAGUCUUUUCCAAGAUUGUUAAAUUGAGACAAGUAAUUGAAUAAUUUGUCCUAUUUUUAUUUUAAAAAAGUGAAUGGACUGAAAUGUUAAAUGUGAAUGUACAUUUCUUAAUUGCAACUUUUCUACUGAGUGUUUGCACUAUACUUUCUGGAACCUUAUUUAACAAAAGUAAAAGGAAAAAAAU